CUACCUACCUUACCUAUAUUGAAAUGACCAUACCACCCCCUCAAAAGAAGCCCCUUUUUUCAUAUAAAUAUCUUCGCCUUCGAAAACCCAUCCACAAGAUCAUCAACCAACCCCCUCCCGCUCCGCUCUUCCCUAGUCCACCAAGACAGACCAAUAUCCCGAAUCCCCUAUUUUAUGCACCCCCACCCCAUCAAUCCCAUCAUCUUCACACAAACAAAUAAAAAGUAGACAAGUAAGGUAAAGUAAGGUAAGGUAAAGUAAGGUAAGGUAAGGAAACGACUUCAGCCAGCAAAGGGACAUACAUCAUGUUCCCCUUCCCCCCUUUCCCCCCCAAAAGAAAUCUCCGACUAUUCCCCCCAUUCCCACUGUACCUACCUUACCUACUCUCCUACAUGCACUUGCCUUCUUCCUCCCACCUUCCUUCCACCUCACCCCCCACAAAAAGAAAAGCCCUCUCAGAAUAAUGCGCCGCACAGCAUGAAACUUCAUUUCU